CAGUCCCUCGCUCCACUGCACCAACCACCACCAUGAAGCUCCUCGCCAUCCUCUCCGCCGUCCUCGGUCUCACCCUUGCCUCCCCCGUCAAGCGCGACCCCGACACUAUCUCCGUCACCGGCAAAGCCAUCACCGCGGCCCUCAACGAACUCGACGUCGCGAUCGUCGCCCUCACCGCCGAAAACGUCGCCACCCAACUCGACCAAAUGGACACCCUUUCCCAAGCCGUCGUCGCCGCCCUUGAAUCCGGCGCCACCAAGGUCGCCGCCUCCCCCAAGACGGAGCUGUCCGGCGCGCUCGCCCUCGCGGAAGGCUCGCAGGCGCUGACCGGCGCGGCGAACAAGACGCUGAGCGACCUGUUGCUGAAGAAGGAUGUGAUCGUGGCGUCGGGGCGGGUGGACGAGGUGCUGGCGCAGUUGGACGCGCAGCAGGCAGGGACGACGAAGUACGUGGAGGCGAUCAUUGGGAACUUGCCGAGCAUUGCAAGCCAGUUUGCGGGGCGGGCGGUGGGGGCGAUCACGUCGUUGUUCGAUAAGGCGGCGGCGCAGUUCGGGACGGAUGCGCCAGCGGCGGCGGCUGGGGCGUGAGAUGCUUGGAUGGAGAUAUAGUAAGGGGAGGAAAGAGGAAACGUGACUAAAUUGAGGAAGGAAAGGAUGAGAAGGAGACUUCUGUUCUUGUAUUGGGGGAGAUGGGGAUCAAAAAGCAUGCAGGUUGUGAGGCAAAUCAGUGUUAACGUAAAUCAUAACUCGAAUGUCUGAACCCUGAGAACCAUGACUCUGCUAGAGACCAAACAAUGUGUAGGACAGUAGGAAACAUCGCUCUAGAACCCAAUGGUUAGUACUCCCAAAAAAUGGUAGAAGAUAUUGUAUAUUGUUGGUUAUCAAGGUGGA